AUGAUACAAUGUGACAUUGUCACAAUCAAUAAAUAUCUCCUGCAAGCUGGUACAAUGUCUCUUGCAAGCUGGUGCAAUGUCUCUUGCAAGCUGGUGCAAUGUCUCUUGCAAGCUGGUGCAUGUCUCUUGCAAGCUGGUGCAUGUCUCUUGCAAGCUGGUGCAUGUCUCUUGCAAGCUGGUGCAUGUCUCUUGCAAGCUGGUGCAAUGUCUCUUGCAAGCUGA